CGGCGCUAGAAGCCCUGGUGGCGGCGGCCCAUGGGGCCCUUGGCGCUGCCCGCCUGGCUGCAGCCCAGGUAUAGGAAGAAUGCAUAUCUUUUCAUCUAUUACUUAAUCCAGUUCUGUGGCCACUCUUGGAUAUUUACAAAUAUGACAGUCAGAUUCUUUUCAUUUGGAAAAGAUUCAAUGGUUGAUACUUUUUAUGCUAUUGGACUUGUGAUGCGACUUUGCCAAUCCGCAUCUCUCCUGGAACUGCUGCACAUAUAUGUUGGCAUUGAGUCAAACCAUCUUCUCCCAAGGUUUUUGCAGCUCACAGAGAGAAUAAUCAUCCUUUUUGUGGUGAUCACCAGUCAAGAGGAAGUCCAAGAGAAAUAUGUGGUGUGUGUUUUAUUCAUCUUUUGGAAUCUGUUGGAUAUGGUUAGGUACACUUAUAGCAUGUUAUCAGUCAUAGGAAUAUCCUAUGCUGUCUUGACAUGGCUCAGUCAAACACUAUGGAUGCCAAUUUAUCCUUUGUGUGUUCUUGCUGAAGAGGCAAAGUUGAAGAGGGAAGCAGCUCUGCACAGUAGACAAAAUACUGGACAAAAAGCAACGGCAUCUGAGUCCUUCCCUUCAUUAACUCACUGUAUGAGUUUUGGACCAUCUAGUUGCAGGAAAAUAAGCUCAGGGCUCCCACUGAUUCUGCAUUAUGCAUUUGCCAUCUAUCAAUCGCUGCCUUAUUUUGAAUCAUUUGGCACUUACUCCACCAAGCUGCCCUUUGACUUAUCCAUCUAUUUCCCAUAUGUGCUGAAAAUAUAUCUCAUGAUGCUCUUUAUAGGUAUGUAUUUUACCUACAGUCAUCUAUACUCAGAAAGAAGAGACAUCCUCGGAAUCUUUCCCAUUAAAAAAAAGAAAAUGUGAAGUACAGCAUUCCAGUGUGACAUGAGAAAAGACAGGCUGUGGAUUCAGCUGCAGUAAAUACAACACAGGAAGCAUUCUGGUAGAAAAA